AUGUCGGAAUUAACUCGAAUUCCGGUCGUUCUACCUCAAGAACUGGUCUACAAAAUCUUGGUUCACGGCGCAGAGGAUUCGACCAGUUUCAGUCUAACGCUAUGCAGGACCUCCAAGUUCCAUUACCAAGAGUUCUUCAGCCAUCUUUACAACACGGUUGUGAUCAAAAACUUGGAUGGAAGCAGGAAACUGCUCGAGUCCAUCUCCAAUUACGCCGUUGAAAUUUACCGGGUCUGCACCAAAAUUUCGCGGUUCGCCGCCCCGAUGGACAACCUGUACUGGUUGAUCCAUGUCUCUACAUCGAAAUCCUUGACUCACGGCGAAUGGACGACCCUCGACCCCAUUAACGUGGCGAAUAGGCCACCUCUCGAGGUGCUCAUUCUCGGUAGCGGUAACUUCCGCGCGCAAUUCAGCGGGCUCGUCUCGAAUAACCGAAGCCUUAUGUCCCCGUUCUGGGAUAACAUCACCAAGCUCUGGCUCACCGAAUGUGAUGACGACUUCCGCGAACAAGGGAUCAUUUUCGACAGCUUCCCCAACCUUACGCACUUUGCAGUCCCAAUAACCCCCGCUGUGUCGCCUCUGCAGCCGAACGAUAUUCUUGCCCCCUUCGAAAGCCUCGUGCAACACCCCUCCCUCACACAUUUGGUUCUGGUAAUCUAUCCGGACCGACUUGUCCCACAAGAACGAACCGAUAUAAUCGCAGCUCUUCGUAAAGCGUUACGGAACGAACCCAAGUUGUUGGCCGUUGAAUUCAAUUAUUCGGAUCUCCAAUUGGUUUGGGACAAACGAUAUGGAGAAAAAUCCAUCUGGGAGAUGGCAGAAGCGUACACUAAUCGCGUGAAGGAGAUAUAA